AUGCUCUCCCGUGGCCUCGUCGGUGAGAUCAUCGCCCGAUUCGAGAAGCGUGGUUUCAAGCUCGCGGCCCUCAAGCUCGCCACCCCCUCCAAGGAGCACCUCGAGCAGCACUACUCUGACCUCUCCUCCAAGGGCUUCUUCCCCCGACUCAUCGAGUACAUGAUGUCCGGCCCCGUUGUCUGCAUGGUCUGGGAGGGUCUCGACGCCGUCAAGACCGGCCGUGUCAUGCUCGGUGCCACCAACCCCCUCGCCUCUGUCCCCGGUACCAUCCGAGGUGACUACGCUCUCCAGGUGGGAAUGAACGUCUGCCACGGUUCCGACUCUGUCGAGAACGGCCAGAAGGAGAUUGCUCUCUGGUUCCCCGAGGGUAUCAACCAGUACAAGCUCUCCGCUCAGGCUUGGCUCUACGAGGCCUAA